UCAUUCGGUUUAAAUGACGUCAUUGGCAGUUAUAUCGAUCUCGAAGACGGAACAGUAAAAUGGAGUAAAAAUGGUAAGAAUACGCCAUUAGAUGUAGAACUUGAUAUUUCUAUAUACCUGCAACAAUUUUUCAGAAUUUAUAUUCCUUUUAUAUAUUAUAAUAUAUGUGCGAAAUGCUUCUGUAUGUUUUAAGGUGUGGAUUUCGGUGAAGCUUAUGAAAUUCCUUACAAUCUCAAAGGCGUUCCAUUUUAUGCAGCUGUAGUUUUAAAGGUACAGUAGUGUGUUCAUAUUGUUAUAUAACGUCGAUCUUUUCUUUGUAUGAACAUUGAAGCUUUGGUGAAAAGAGAUGAGAGUUGAGAAGCGAAAUUUUGCAUGAGAGUUCUCAACGAGAACAAGAGUUGCGUAAGAGUUGACGAGAGUUCACUGCUUAGUAAACCAGUCAUGUAAACGAACACAAACGCCCGUACUCUAAAAGCUCACUCACACUGACACUCAAUGAGUGGAGGUUCAAUCUGAGCUUCUCUUGAGUGUCAAUGAUGUUUUUGAAUAGCUGAAGGGUGAGUAGUCGCAUAGUAUAAUCUGGCUCUGUAGGAGUCGAUCCAUGGGCGUACCGGGCGGGGGGGGGGGCGGCAGCCACCCAGUUUGUUGGGCAGUCGGGCAAUAUUCGCUGAACAGUCGGGCAAUUUUGGUGUAUUAAAAAAAGAAAUGAGACAAAUUCUGUAAAUUUUGUGGUCAAUUUUGUGAUGUUUCCAGAAUUUUGUUAGGAAAAUUUUCCGGAAAAUUUUGGUAUGUCUGGAAAAAAUUUUUGACCCCUAAAAUGGUACACUGACCGAAAUUUUUUUGGCGACGGGGGGGGGGGGAGAGGUCGCCAAAAUAAAUUCCGGAAAAAAAUUUUUAGUCUGGCAAAAUCCGAAAAAGUCGGGCAAAUUUUUUUCCGCCCCCCUAAAUUUUUCCUUCCGGUACGCCCAUGAGUUGAUCAAUGUUUAUCCAUCCUGGGACUUGAUCAAACUUCAUUCAAUCGUACCGCCCGUAUUCUAUAAAAGCUCACUCGCACUCAAUGAGUGGAGGUUCAAUCUGAGCUUCUCUUGAGUCUCAAUGCUGUUUUUGAAUAGCUGCAGGGUUUGUGUCGUACCUAUGUUUGAUCAAGUCGUCGUAGGGAUGGAUUCAGUUUGGUUGCAUGUCCUAGGGCUGGAUUCAGUUUGAAUUGGAUUCAUUGAACCUCCACUCAUUUAGCCUGCGAACAGGCUCUCAAGCUGAAUUGAGAGCCUGCAUCGAUGACUAAUGAAUUUGAAUAUCUGCGUCUCAAAUCGUGACGCGAAAUUCUCAUUGGUCAGAUGCUAUAAUUUAUAUUAUUCCGCUGAGCUCUAUAUAUGUCAACUGUUGAAACACUAUGCAUAAAAAAUACAUUAACUGAUCAAAUUGGUCUUGGCCAUCUUAUCUCAAAGCACGAAAUGUUCUGUUUUGAGAAAACAGUAUUUAAAACAUUUAAACUUUUGCUUGAAUAUCUUAUAUUUCGAAAAACAGUAUAAACUGUACGGUCUAAAUUUAGUUUGCACGGUCUAAAUUUAGUUUGCACGGUCUAAAUUUAGUUUGCACGAAAGUUGUAAACAACACCAUAUAAGGAUAGACAUUCCAUAUUUGGAAAAACGAACGUUACGGGGCAGAUAUUCAAAUUCAUUAGUCAUCGAUGCAGGCUCUCAAUUCAGCUUGAGAGCCUGUUCGCAGGCUACCACUCAUUGAGUGUGAGUGUGAGUGAGCUUUUAGAAUACGGGCGAAAGUCUCAUCAAGAUUUGAACCAGUUCAAAGUUAAUGUGAGUUGAUGCGAGUGCAUUGCAGUUGGUGAGAGAUGGCAGUCAGACUCAAGUAAGAGUUGCAACUGCCGUCAACUCCCGUUAAUAAAGACCUAUGGAAUGUAGGACGGCAAGCGACGACGACGGCCAAAAUAAAUUUAUUCAAAUAAAUUAUUGUUAGACCUGUUUUAUACGUCGAAUUUUAGUCGCGUCGAAUGCAAUUAAGACGAUAGAUAAUGAGAUGAUAAACCUCAUUAAGCUUCAUUAUCUAUUGUUUGAAUUGCAUUCGACGCGACCGAAAUUCCACGUAUAAAACAGGCUUAAAGAAAGCUUAUCGCGCGUAUAUUAUCAAUCGUAUGAUGGUAUGAAUUUAAAACAGCUUGACGAGAUCAAAACAGAGGCUUUCUGCAUUGCUCCUGAACCAAUUUGCUGGGUACCCACUUCUUAAGUACUAAAAUUCGCAUGUUGUUUUACACAGAACGAAAAAGCUCUGGUUUACCGGUUCUAAGGUAGACCGUGUACGACGUCUAAAUAUUUAAUUAUCCAUUUCUUUUCUUAAAUAUUGUCAAUUUCAUUGUAUCACUAGCCGUCGACGUCAUGUUGCCGUCCUACAUCGUAAGGUCUUUACUCUUUCAUCCUCGUUCUAUCGGCGCUUGAGAUUUGAAGAUAUUGCGUGACCAUUUUUAAUGUGGGAUAUUGAACAUAAAUUAACAUAACUGGCGCGGCGACAUUUGAUAAUAACAAUGUAUCGUUCAAAUUAAUUUAAUUUCUUAAUAUUCAAUUAUAUUUUAUUUAUUUUUAAUUUAUAGAAUGCAGAAUUAAAAUUUAAUUUUGGUGCGAUGCCUUUCAGAUAUCCACCAAAGGUAUAUAGCGUUUAGUCAUUACAUAGUAUAUUGGACUUGGCUAAUGAUAUAUCAUUAUCAUCAUCAUCAUGAUUUAUCAUAUAUCAUAUAAAUCAAAUAUCAGUUGUUGUAAGUGCCAAUAUAUUUGAUGAUCUCAUACUUUUGAACGGACCAUAACGUCGGUUCUAGUAGACCAAUUACAGUAUAACAUCGAAAUGUCAAAACUCAUUUCUUAGACUGAAUUUUUGAUACCUUCUACAAAAAUUAGUGCAAAAAAUGGUCGGUUCAACUUCACGUGUGUAUUGUUUUUUUCCGCCCAGUCAACCAGUAGCAGAAUGUUGGUUUAAUUACCCAGUCGUGAUAUUACACAAUGGUUAAAUGAAAAUAUGGCUAUUGGUUGCUCUGGCGAAAAUACAAUGCACACAUGACGAUGAAGCGACCAUUUCUCGCAUAAAACAAGACAAAAACUUAGAUAACGAUGUCUAUUAUAUCUGCAUCGAGUUUCAUAACCUUUUUCUAUUUGACUGUGGUGUGUAAAAAUCUUGAAGACAGUUACUGCAUUUUUUGGGACACCCUGUAUAACUCCAUACAAGUCUUAGUUCUAGUGAAAACUUAUCUUAUACAGUAUUUCUUCAUUCAAAUUUCUAGGGUGGUUAUAUUGGUCUCAGUUCGGCACGACCUGAAUGCGUGACGUCAUCAAAGACGGGGAUCGUAUCUCGUACCCCGGGAAAAUUCAACAACGAAUGUUCACCCUCGGCAAUUAUUUUGGAGGUACUAAGACUAAUGUUGUUGUGGCCAAAAAAAUCGUAUGUAUGGGACUCGUAAAUUUGUUUACUUUGUAGCUACUGAAUCAGAUGUAGUGUGAAUCUCUCGUAUAAAAUUGGAGUCCGGUACUGUACAGAAUAUGUGACAUGUUUAACUUACUGUUUUUAAUUUUUUUGUUUUUCAUUGCUAUUUAGCCGUCCAGAGAGUUGGCACAGCAGGUAAUAACCAAUAUUUUUGUUGCGGUCGAUAGGUCAUGGGUGAGACCUUGAGCGCAUUUUAUACACAACUUGCGAACAAAUUGACGACUUAUACCAUGGGUAGUGAGUGACGUUGGCCGUCGCAGGCAACCAGAGCUGCAGUCAAAUAUUUAACACGCUGAGCCAUUGCGUCGCCUCUGGUUAUACCCAUCAUCCGUGACUUAUCUUAUUUCGGCCGAGGCUAAAUUAAGCUCGUGUAACCGAUUCUGUUGGAUUCUCUACAGGCCCUCUGGCAGGAUUCGAACCUGCGGCCCUGCAAUUCUGUUGCAGCGCUCUUACCAAGUGAGCUAAGGCCUGCAGUAGUGCAGGCUGUAUAGUUGCAUUUAUCGUAGCUGCUCCUGGUUAUGUCUUCCCGUUAUAGAAUCGCGUGUCCCUGUUUAUGAAUGCUGAAUCCUUUUCCUGACCCAGACAAAACAGCGAGAUAUGAAACUGCUUCCUACACGGCAAAAAACGCCGAUUUUUUUUAGGUUUAGAUGUAGGUAAUGAGAACCAUAUUGGUGUCCUAGUAAUAAUUUUAUGCCACAAUAGUCCCUAAAUGUUAGAUGAAAAAAUGUAGUGUGAAAUAUGAUAGGGUAAUGGCCUGGUGUUGUUGGCACAAUCACAAUGUAUGCCUGUGAAAAAAUGUUGCAUUUGAAAAACCUGAGGAUAAAAGAUAAAAAACCACUUGUUUUUGUAUAAAUGUGAGCCUAAGAAAUAUAAGUGUAUGUUAUAGACUUGUGGAACAUAAAAUUAGAGAUGUAUGUGUGAAAUUGUUUUGCUGCCCACGUUGUUCACACUUGUUAACAAUGUUGUACAUAUUGUUGAAACUGAAUCGGGUGUAACAAUAUUGUUCAAUAUUGUUGACAACUGUGAACAAUGUGGGCAACAAAACAUUGUUCAAUCCUGUUUUCAUCAAUAUUGCAACAACCUGAGCGUUUUUACGCGUGUAAGAGUCUUUGUUCUUCUACCUUCGUUCAGAACAAAGUUCAUGACGAAUUUUGCCAAAAUAUUCGUUCUUAACGAAGGCAGAAGAACGAAGACGGAAUAUAGUUUGAUAUCUCGCUGUUUUGUCGGAGUCAGGGUAAGGAUUAGGAUCAGCAUUAAUAUAAACAGCGAGCCUCAUAAUCUAUAACCUGUGAUGGUUGAACAACCACCGCUGACCUCAAUAUGCGCGAGAUGAUGCGCAGAGGGGCAAAAAUUGUCAAGUGCGUCUUCGUCUUCGUAAUUCGUUCUCUUGUUCAAAUUCUCUAUUUCCAUUUUGUUACAGACGCACAAUAAUGUAACGAUGUUUAAGAAAUACCUUCCGUCUCCAAGCAUAAAGUAAGAUAUUUUUAUCAUUCUUAUUAUUAAAACUAUAUUUACCAACGCUAGCCCCUUCGGCUGGAUGGUAUGGUAUGGUAAACUUUAUUUUAAGACGCUAGCCUCGUCAACAGUUUGUUGGUUUCCACGAGGGCGUCAAACCGUGGGGAAUACAUCGAACCGUCACACGUGGGGAAUAUAUGCACUCUUGCACAAAAUUAUUCAACAUGUUGAAUAUACGGUGAACAUGGCACGCGUGAACAAAAGCUCUUGAAAACGUCGCGGCACACUGGGGGAACUUGCUUACGCCAAUGGUCACGAGUGAAUUUUUGCUCAGCAGAUAGCUCUCGUGUGUGCCAGACUUAAAACGACUCUUGCUGCUUUAUUCUGGAGUGCUUGUGGUCUGUUUGCAAGCGUGGCACCGAUUGGCUCCCAUACAAGGCAGCAGUAGUCAAGAUAUGGUACCGUUGAACCAAAGCGUAAUACUUCAGAGAAUUCAUAAUUACUUGUUAUUUAUUAUCUUUUAAUUCUGAUUUUCAGGGAAGUCCUUUUAAUUGGUGGGGAAAGUGUGAGAGACCAAAUUGGAAAAUUACGAGAGGGG